AUGGAGUCCUCCUCCUCUUCCUCUGCAGCGGGUUUGGGCUCGGUCGACCCGCAGCUGCAGCAUUUCAUCGAGGUAGAGACUCAGAAGCAGCGCGUCCAGCAGCUGGUGCACCAGAUGAUGGAACUUUGUUGGGAAAAGUGCAUGGACAAGCCUGGGCCAAAGUUGGACAGUCGGGCUGAGGCCUGUUUUGUGAACUGCGUUGAGCGCUUCAUUGAUACAAGCCAAUUCAUCUUGAAUCGACUGGAACAGACCCAGAAAUCCAAGCCAGUCUUCUCAGAAAGCCUUUCUGACUGACCUGAGUAUUACCUCUCUGGAAAAGGAAGGUAGUUCAAGAAAUGAAGAGCAGUUGAUGGGAUGGUUGAA